AUGUCAUUUACGGAUGUGGAGGAAAAUUUGGAGACGUCAGCGUCAAACAGCGAUGAAUUUGAGGAUGCUCAAGAUGAGUUACGACCCUUACCAGAACUGUCAUCUGUAAAGACGGCCAGUGUUAGUCGUGAUAGUAGCAAUAGUCAUCCAUCUCGAAGUAGUUGGUUGCCUCUUGAAACUGCUGAAACGAUUGAUUCGAUCGUCAGUGAAAAUUCUCUGAUAACAUCUCCAUUCCGUUCGCUUCCAAAUGCCUUUGGUGUUUCACCACUAAGAGAUUGUGGAGCUUCCGAUCGUAGGUGCCGUUUAAAUGCAUUGCGUAGUAGAAUGAGUAAUGAAUUCGGAGGUGGGCGUUCGUUUUUGAAUACAAAUGGAGGUCAUACUGAUGAUGACGCGGGUUCAGCAAGCGAAAGUGCUUCGUUGGCAUCAUGGGGUCGUACUUUGUUGAUGCAAGCUCCUUACACGAAAAUGAAAUUGGUUUAUCCGGCUGAUACAAUCAGCACAAAAGGUUUUCCCAGCGAGACAGAUUGGCCACCGCAAAAAGUUGGUUAUAAUGCAAGUAAUGACCAAUUUAUAAAUGUGGAGUCAUUUUCAUUUCUUCCUUCAUCACCAUUACCACCAACAAAACCAUGUCAUAAUAGUUUUUCUUUUGUAAGAUUUGCACCACCGCAUAACAUUCCUGUACCACACAAUAUUCCUCCACCACUACCACCAAGAAAGCCAUCUAGUAGACUUCCCAGUGCUCUCUCACCACAACUAGUGGAUUCAAUCAUUGGAAAGAAAGCUUCGCCUACGAAGGAAGUUGAAGUAAAUAUUGAGCCGGAUCACACAUCAUCUGUUAUUGAAAAACAAGAAAAAGAUGCCGCUUCCGUUACGAAUGGUUUCGCUCGUUUACGUGGGCAUGCAAAGACAAAUUCGCUUGAUCGUGGAUUGAGUUUAGCAAAAAGUAUGAAGUCAGGUCCAUUUCCUCCUCGUAGUGACAAAAGUAGUUCUUUGAAACGAGAAUAUUCAGUCGAUUCACCAUCUAGUUCGCCUUAUUUAUCAUUUGAUGGAGGGGAAGAAGAUCUGAGAAAUAGUGAUGCACAAGGCAUAAUUCGUCAAAUCACUUCGUCAAUCCUUAAUGAGCCCCUAAGAGAGGAAGUUUCGCUGGUGGAGUCACCUACGCAUGAUACUCCUAGCAGCCGUUUAUCUUCGGUGGGAGAAGAAGUUGCCUGUUCAUCUUCAGUUCCUACUUCGUCUGCUAUUUUAAUUUCAAAUGAUAAAUUGGGGGUAAAUGAUGAAAAAUUGUACAAACUACAGAUUGAAAUUCCGAAAUCAGCAGAUGGUUUGAAGAUGGGUUCGGAAUUUUCAUCUAAAAGUCUUCCAGUCGCAGAGGAAUUAUCUUCAAAUCCAGUUAGUCUAAAUUAUGAUGAUCCUACUUUAAAUACUCACAUUGAAUAUGCAGAUCCAAUAACACGAGAUGUGGAGAGACGUAUGAGCAUGAAAGGGCAUCAGCAUAUGUCAAGAGAAUUGGACGACAGGACUUCACAGUCAGUUCCAUCAUUGACGAGUUUUGGUCGAGCUGCAGAUUUUGUAAAAGGAUAUGGAAACUAUGCUUCUGAACUAUUUCGUGGUGCCUAUUUGAAAGCAAAAACUGCCGUUUCAUCGGGUUCUCCCGCAAAACUGUCAAAAGAGGAUGAUGAAAGUUGUAAUGAAAGUGAUCAUGAAAAUCCCUCAGCAGCAGAAGUUACUUCCAUUGUACGCUCUAAAAAUUCUAAAAAAGGACCUUUUGAUUUUGAUGGCACGCGCUGUUACCAAGAGCUGAACAAUGAACAUACGGGUGCUGUUUGGUGCAUGAAAUUUUCAUUAUGUGGACGUCUUCUGGCUACAGCUGGUCAAGAUAAUAUUAUACGAGUGUGGGUGCUUCGAAAUCAUUUGACGUAUUUCAAUGCCCUACGUGACCGCUAUAAUUCUCAAUCCAAGAAAAUUUCAAUGAAUAUGAGUGAAAAUGUAUUACAUGAUCCAAUACAGGAUAUUGAAAAUGACCUUCGUUGUUCGUCUGCCACGUUAGGAGGAAGCGUCGGAUCAUCAACAUCUCAAGAUGAGGAAAAUCAUGUUGAAACAACAGCUUUAAUGGCACCCAAACCUUUGUGUACGUACCGAAGUCAUACUGCUGAUGUAUUAGAUCUAUCAUGGUCUCGUAAUUACUUUAUCUUAUCAUCAGGAAUGGAUCGUACGGUUAAGCUGUGGCAUCUCUCACGUCCCGAAUGUCUUUGUUGUUUUCAGCAUAUGGAUUUUGUUACCUGCAUUGCUUUUAUGCCAAAGGAUGAUCGAUAUUUUCUUUCGGGGUCAUUGGAUGGAAAACUUCGUUUGUGGCACAUUCCAGACAAAAAAGUAGCUUUGUGGAACGAGGUUGAGCAAGUUAAAUUCAUAACUGCUAUUGCCUUUGCAAAAAAUGGAAAAUUUGCAGUGGUAGGGACAUGUGAUGGUCGUUGCUUCUUUUAUACUACUGAUCAGCUCAAAUAUCAUACUGUAAUCGAUGUAAGGUCAAGUCGAGGAAAAAAUGCCAGAGGACACAAGGUGACAGGUUUAGCAGUUCAUGGGGACAAAUUAUUAGUCACUUCGAAUGACUCUCGUAUUCGUAUGUAUGACCUGCGAGAUAUGGCUCUUACUUGCAAGUUCAAGGGAGCUCAAAAUGAAAGAAGUCAAAUUCGUGCUUCAUUCUCGCCUGAUGGCAAACAUAUUGUUUGUGGAAGUGAAGACCGUUUUAUUUAUGUUUGGACAACCGCUGAUUUGCCUUCAUCAUUAGCUGUUCGUAAAGAUCGUAAUGAUUCUUGGCAGCGUUUAAGAGGCCAUUCAGCAUGUGUGACAGUAGCUAUAUUUGCACCACGUCCACAAUUAUUCUUAAACCUCCUGGAGCAACGACGUAGUGGAGAUGAUAAGACGGAGCAAUCAAAAUCUAGCAAGAAUACUUCAGAUCGACAAAUUCAUGGUGAUGUUAUCAUUUCCGCUGAUUUAAGUGGUUCAAUUCGCAUUUUCGUCAAUCGUACGAGAAUUAAAGCUGGGGCGUCAAAUUUUUUUCCUACUGAUUAG